GCCCGUUUAAAGGGCAGCGGCGGGAGGGUGGUGGCGGUAGAGCCGGCUGGGGAAGGUGAGGUGGUGUUGCUGCUGGGAUCUGCUUUCCGUCCAGGUGCAAAGAUGGGGUUCUUUACCUUUAUCAAGGUGAUGAUGAUCCUCUUCAACCUGGCCAUCUUUCUCAGUGGCGGGGCCCUCCUAGGAGUUGGCAUCUGGGUCAAAGUGGAUGGACAGUCAUUCCUGGAUAUAUUUGGGGCGCUCUCCUCCAGUGUCCUGCAGGUUGUGAAUGUGAGCUAUGUUCUCAUCGUCCUUGGUGCCAUCCUGCUGAUCAUCGGCUUCCUCGGGUGCUAUGGUGCCCAGAGGGAGAGCAAAUGUCUCCUGAUGAUGUUCUUCUCAGUGGUGCUCAUCAUCUUCAUCGCUGAAGUUGCUGUUGCUGUGGUGGCUCUGGUCUACACAAGUCUUGCAGAGUCGCUGCUGUCGGCUGUGGUGGCCCCUGUCCUGAAGGAGCAGUACGGGAAGGAUAAGACUUUCACUACUAUCUGGAAUACCACCAUGACAGAGGUCCGUUGCUGUGGCCUGAAUAACUACACAGACUUCACUGACUCUGUCUGGUAUGAGAAAACUGGGAGCUACCCCCACCAGUGCUGUGGCUUUGUUAACUCGACUUCGGUGUGCAACGCCACGUUAGCCGCAGAGAGGAGCGUGACGGGUUGUUUUGACCAGAUCCUGAAAGAAAUCAGGACUAAUGCGGGAGUGGCGGGUGGCGUGGCAGCUGGCAUCGGUGCCUUGGAGAUUGCAGCCAUGGCGGUUUCCAUGUACCUGUACUGUCGGCUGGACGAGAAGUGAUCCCGCGGGGCAGGAAGAUGAUCUGCCCCCUGCCCGUGCUGGGGUGCACCCGUGGCGUGCCAUGCUCCUGGGGGGACCCCAUCCCUCCCUGGGUCUCGAUGCUGUCCUAUGCACUGUGAUUUAUAGCUGUACUCUGAUCUACUGAGCUGGGAUCUGUAGAGUUUGUGUAUAUUUUUGUACUGAUACGGCACACUGAGUCUGUACAUAGUGACUUGGGGUGGUUUUCGAAGGAGGGGGGUUGGGGUGGGAGAAGCUGUUUUGGUCUGUUUAGCUGAUGUCAGCAGGAGAUAAAGCAGCACCGGGGCCAUUCAGGGCUGCUGAUCUGGCACUGGCACAGCAAUGCCUUGUAAAACUCUUGCAGGUGGGUGCUGUACCUCUGCCACGCUGUCCCUAGUGUUCACCUGAGUGGGAGCUGGCAGGGCAGGGAGCUGGCCUAUGCCCCCCUGCUUCCCUCUACUGAGGUAACUACCACCCUCUAGGUGGAAACUACACCCUCACAGGGUGAGGUAUCUACCCCUGCACCCAUUUUCUGUCAGUACUGACCCUGUUGCCAUGUUGUCCCCUGAAAGAGGGGCUGGCUGGUCUCUGCCCCUGCCCUGGCAUGAAGACAGCCCUGGUGGUCCCUGGCCCUGCAGGGGCUGGGGCUACCCCCUGUGUGCCUCGUGUCAUUUCGUGGGUGAGCCCCUCUCCAUGCUGUAAAUGAAUGCAAAUAAAUUUUUCAUCUUGGAUUAAAUAA